CCACUAUUGAGGUGAGCUUGUCUAACCAAUUCACUUCCUGGCCUCAGUGAUAUUGCCUGGAGACUAGUAUCUCAGGUCAUUAUCGGCCUUAGGAGUUCCAACUUCAAGUGAUAAAUGGAUCUUCUCCCUUCAUACUCUUCAACAUUCUCAACAACAAGUCACUCAUUCCAGUCUACAUAGCUACUCACAGUCCUUUCUGAUUAUCAUCACUCCUUGCGGAAUACACAGCAAGCUCUUUACUCCUUACUAUUAUCACCCCGCUUCCAUUAUUCGAAAAUCUGCUCAACAUGUUCGACAAUUCAAACAUACAAUACAUCAAUUCGAUGGGAGGAGAUUGUUUCUCCUCCACUCGCUCAGCAAACUCAUCAUUCUCGGAUGGGUCUUCAGCAACCUGGGAUUCCUCGACUGUUUACACGCCAAUGUCCACACCUCGCCGAGGAUCUCCAAAUUCCGUGAAAUACGAACAUUCUGUCCUCUCAGCACCCACGCCAUCAUCGUCUCCCGACCGUUAUGCGAACAUGAGUGGACUUUCCGCGAUGACAGCCAUGUCACAGAACAUGGUAUCUAUGUUUCAUGAGCCCCAUUCUAGUUUUACGGGGACAUCAAACACAAACUCGACGCCUGAUCUGAUGGCGGGCUUCAGCUAUGGACCAUACCUCGGGCAGUCAAUGUCAAAUUCCUUCAGUUCCAGUCACGGCCUGCCAAUGUGUGCUCCAGGUCUCAUUCACGACGAUAUCUAUUCACCAGUCUCGGAAGUUCGUUCAUCGCCACCAAUACUCGAGAACUGCAUUGCUCCAUCGCAGACAACGUUUGAUGCAUACGGGCUGCAAUCUCCCAUGCACCCAAUUAAGUCUUUACACUUCAACAUUGACUACGAUUGUGCCGCUCGAGACUUCGAGACUGGGUUUUCGGUCGACGAGUCGUCACCUGGCAGCAUGAGAUACAUGAUGGCCGACAGCAACAACCUCAGAUCAGGGCCAUCAACACCUUCCCGGACUCCCAGCCAUCACCGCUAUCACCAAUCGCACGCAAGCAAUUCCCUGGAUGACUUACGGCACGAACUCAAAGUCGAAACCAACCAGGCCAAGAAGCUUCGUCUAGUCCGCAAACGCUCUAAGGGCGGAAGUCGUGCGUACGAACCCCUCUCCAGCAGCUGUAGCAGCAUCGGCAUCAACCCCAAGGCCUCAUUUCCCUGCGAUUGGGAGGGCUGCUCAAGGAAAUUCGCGAGACAGGAACAUCUCAAGAGACAUCAGAGAACCCACGACGACGUCAAGGAGAAGUGCGAGUUCUGCCCCAAACUGUUCUCGAUAUCACGAAAAGACAACUACAAGACACACAUGAGGCUCCACGCCUUCCCACAAAAAGGGAACCGGACGCCAUUCUUCCCAGAGGCCCUUGACGUGUGGAUGGCCAUGGACGACAAGCCACGCAAAGCAUCUCCUACCUCCUUCGUCAAGACUGAGAAGAGAAGUGUGCAACGUAUUGCGAGGACUCGCUUGUAGAUCGACCGCCGCUCUGGCUCUUAAUGUACUUGAAAAAACCCCCUCGACCGACGACUGGAAAUAUACCCCGAGGCCCAUUGCUUCCAUGUCGUGUAUGUGCAACCUGAUGGGACGACGACGGAGAUGAAUAUUUUUUAUGAUUGAUGCCUCAUGUAAUCUGAAUGGGGAACUUGUGUAUGGAAAUUUGGGAAUGUCGGAAAGUGAGAAAUGUUUUUUGUUUUCCUUUUUUGUUUUGGGUUUAUCGUCGUCGUCGCUCGCUCGCUCCAACGCUAGUGGAAGCGAGCCUCCUGUUUUUUUUGUCAGCCCUUAUCUUCUUCUGGUGGAAAUUUUAUUUAGGGAUCUGUAUUGAGGGAUGCAUGUUUGAUGGUUGAUGGCUUUUUGUUUUUUGUUUUUUUGUUCCGCGCAAUCACUAUUGCGACAUUUGGUUUUGGCAGCUUGCAAGACUACUAUCACAAUCGUUCAAGAGCUGUCUCGGCUCUUUGUAUGUCACCCUUUGUUGGACCACCCCAGUCUGCGCUGCAUAUCCUGCAUAGUGUGUAAUAUUGUUAUCUAGUGCCGUCGUCUUGGAAGAAGAAGAGCUGUACGAAAUGGACUGUAAAAGGAGUUGAAGAAAAAAUCCUUGUCUCCUAUUUCUUCCUUAUAUUGAAGGGGGCAUGUACGUGGUGGGAUAGAACUGUUGAACUGUACUUCUAGUUUGCGUGCCAUUGGCAAUACCGAGUUUGUUUACACCACUCAUUUCAGGCAGACUAUAAGAAUACACAAUGAAGCAAUUCAAAUAC